AAGAAGUUAUAGAGGAUUAUAAAAAACAGCUGAUUUUGAAAAACACCCUGUACCUCGCAAACCAAACUUGUUGGCCAAGAUCUGACUACACCAUCAAAUGACACACUAAAAAAGAGGACGGGAAGCGUAUAUCAGUUUCUCAGUAUCUUCGGCCAUUUUGGCUGUACCCUAUCAAACUAUCGAAAAUCAACCACCCUGUACAGGGAGGAUUUUGUGGAUUUGUUGAACAAAUUUUUUCAAUUACAUUUGACUACAGGAAAACAUCCUUGUAAAAUUCUAAUAAGUUAAAAGUAGUGUUUAGAUUUGAAUACAAAACAAUUCCUUGUGUGAUUCUAAUAAGUUCCAACUUCCAAUAAAAGUAGUAUUCAGAUUUGCAAUACAAAACAAUUCGAAGGUGAAAGGUGAACGUAUGUUUAUAUACCACACAACUUAUUAGCCUAUUUAUGUGGGUGGUUGCCGGGUUUGUUGUAGUUUUCUUCUCGCUGUUAAGUCUCGACUUCCAUCGAGAAGUAGGUUAGCAUGAUACUGCACGACGUAACGUAGUGGGGCGCGCACCAUUCGCUUGUGAUCCUUUUCGGUGCCGUGCAACACGCGACGUUUAAACACUCCAUCGCCGCUUACUUUAUUAUUUAGUUUAUUAUCGAAAGGCAGUCGCGACGGUUUAAUCUCGCAUAGACCAAGUACGAUCCGCGGAAUGGAACCGUCGAGCGGAUCAGUGGUACCAUGAGCCCUGCGUCGCUUGACGCGUUGGAAGUAGAGCGGUAUAUCGGCGCUUGUCUUUUUUCACAAAACCGAUCUAAACAUUUUACGAAAAAUAAUGUUUAUCCGAAAUCGCCCAUGUAUAAUGGUUAUGUGAAUUUUCAAAAUUGUCCUUCUCCGGUCGAAGGAUGGGCGGGUGGCGCUCCUUUGAUAUCUUUUGCUGGCCACCAGCGAGGAAACCGAAGACAAAAAUACGAUGAGAACAAUCAUUUGGCCCAAUUAGCUGUGCAUACGCAAGGCGCUCCGCUUAUUUUGUCAAAGUGUUACAACCAUCGGAAAACUAAGCCUCAGAGAAAUAACGUGAUUCAGCAAACGAAGGUGUUCGAGAACACGAACCAUAGAAGAUUUUCUUCGAAUAAAAAUCAAGACCCAGUAAACGAGUGUUCAAAUGGUGCCCUGGACUGUUUUAGUGUCACAAGUGAUGAAAGCUCCGGCUCUCAAAACUCCGAAACUUGUUUGCCCCGGAUUAUAAAACCGAGAAAACGACGGAAAAAGGAUCGCAAACCAACCCACUUACCGCGUUUAUACAAUCAAGAUCCCAUGAACAAUGCAAGUACAAAUGAAGACAACAAACCAAGUAUAGAUGAAACGAAAUUAAAUGAUUUGAUUGGUGAUUCUUCAUCUGAAGAUCCAAAACUGCAUCACUCCUUUGAAGAAGUUGAAGAAGUUAAGGAUGUAAAUGGAAAUCAACCGGUGAGCACCUGCCAGUGUCGCUAUUGCGAUCCAGAAGGACAAAUUUGGGAUGUCGAUAGAAGUUGUUACUCUCCAUUCCUAACGCCUCCCACCAAAACUUUAUUUGAUUUUUCGAAUUUGCUGUCUCAAUCUUCGGAAUUGCCUUUCAAAUUUUCCGAAUUAUCUUUAAAAGAGGAGAAGGUUCCGUUUAGUCGUUCGGCAUCUUCUUCGUCUACUUCUUCGGGGGAUUUGGAAGUUUCCACGGAAAUUGUGACGUCUUUGAACGGGCAUAGGGACUUGGAGAUUAAAUUUUGGUUAAACGGUGCUUUGGAUGCGAAAAAUCAGUUGAGAAGUGAUAAUAAAACGUGAAUUAUUUAUUGUAUCGUGUCGAUAUUUGGUGCAAGAGAAAGAUUUUGCAAACGUUUAUUUAUUAAGAAGCGAGCGCUCCUGUAAUAAUAGUUUAUUUAAAUUAUUUGCGUUUAUUUGCAAAACAUUUUUUUUUUUGUAAUAUAAUGAUGAUUAUUUAAACGAAUAACUUUUCAUAAUUGUUUUAUUAGAAAUUUUGCGGUGUAUGCUUGAUAAUUUCUUUAUGAUUUUUGAUUCAGUUUUUCAGGAAAUUGAUUUACAUAAGUGAUGAAAAUUUUGGUCGCCUCAUUAAAAUUUUUACGUUCACAAAUUACUUUUACCAUUUAUUUCCUGCCAAUGUUUGAACUUUCCUCAUUACUUUUCUUCUUGGUAUUAAUUUCUCAAAUCGUUAGAUUUAACAGUUUUUAAAUAAAAAUUCAAUGUAAAGUUUUAUUGUAAAGGUAUCCUAAAAAUGUCUAAAAUUUCAAUUAUUAUUACCC